AUGCCUGGACGUCCAGAAGGAAACAGAAACGAGUCGAAAGACGACAGCAGGUCGAGUCGUGCUCACUGGGACUCAGAGACGGGAUGGAGGACAUCCUUCACUGGAGUCAGAGCUAAGUCAGCGAAUGCUAUUCUCUCUACGUCUCCUUUUUGUGCUCCUGUGAAAGAUCAAGUGAUUUCACAAACUGAGACAGAUACUCAGUUGAAAGAUGCAGAAAACCAAGCUGAAGGAAAGCAUAAGCUGGUAAAUAAAAAUGAAGUAGAUGGAGGUAUUGAGACAAAAUAUCUCACAAAUGCCGCUGAUGUAAUAAACAGUGCUAAACAACCUGUGGCUGGUAGAAGUCUGGAUGAAAACCCCUCCCGUGCUGACACUGUGCCUUAUCUUAGCAUCGGUACAAACCACGAUAAACCCAGAACUGAUGAUUUCAACCAACAGUCCACUGACGGUCAAAGGUCACAGACAGUAAAAGUUUUGGGGAGGAUCUCCACCUGGCCUCUGACUGCGGUUCAGUGGCAGGCAAGAUGUAAAAUGAAGGAGGAAGAGGAGGAGGAGGAAGGGUCUGACGUCUUCACUGCGUGGACACCAAAGUCUCCAGAUGAGGUGAAGACAGAGUUAAAGCAUCCGUCUGGUUCUGACCAAGACAAAAAGGAAGAUGAAAUUGAGAAAAAUCUAAAAGAAGAUUUAAAAAUUCUUCCAAAACAAGAUCCUCCAAUGACGACUGUUGCUCCCAUGAAACUGGGACACACUCAGUCCUCAGAACCAAAUGAAGAGACCACCUCUGUCAGUGAAGCUCUUUCCCACACUGGCACGAGGCGAGAAGAGCAUCUAAAGGAACAGAACAUAACAACGGACCCUGAAACCAUGAUACAGACCCGAAAUCUGAAUCAGGACAAACCUGGCCCCAAUCAAGACCUGAAAGCUGCAGAAAAUCCUGCACACAAGAACUCCAAGAGGAGCGGCAACAGGGCCGAACACAGAAGUGAGUCAAAGCGAGCUGUGACGAGCAGACAGCGGGCACCAAAGGCUCCCUCUGGUGGCGCCUCGCCAGAUGAUGAAACGCUGCUGUCCGGCAACGAGUACGCCUUCAUGGACCUGCUGCACGAAGUCGUGCAGAACAACGGGCGGUGGACCAGAGAGAGGUGGAAGCAGGUUCACGUCAACAAGCAGCGGCGUCAGGACAGAACUACCGAAGGAGUUUAG